ACUUAGUUCGCUGUCGACAGUCAACAGCAGUGCCAAGUCGCGCCUCGCAGAAAAUAUAUAUAACACAACACAAGUCGCUCCCUGCAGAAAAACAUAUUGUUGCGAAGCUUUCUCUCGCGAGCUGCCCACAGUGUUUGUUGAUUGUGCGUCGAUACUUGCGUGUGUAGUUGUCUCGCUUUGCGCCUACGUCUAUCUUGUCACGGAAGUGAAGCUUUAUACUGUGCACCGGCCAUACUUGUUUAUCCAUAAUAAGUACGUAUAGAGCUGAGAGAAAGAGAGAGAAAUAGGAAGAAAGCGCCGUGCAUGUGCAGCUCUUCCAACGAGCGACAAGCUCUAUUGACUACUCGGCGCACGACCUUUCGUCAAUUCUGUGUACAUAUACUUACGCAGAACUUUGGCGUGUACGCGCGUGUGUAUACGUAAACAUUUAAAAAAAGACCAUCGUACAUAAGAGAGACACCCGAGUUGCCAAGUUGCGUUUCUGAGAGGCAAAACAUGUCGGAUGAGGAGAGAAAAAGCACUAGCAAGCCGUACGAGUUCAUCUUGGAGUUUGCCUUUGUUAAAUAACACAAGCUCAACCCCAGCGGCAUAUACUUACGAUCUUUGUCCGCUCGUUAAAUAACAACAAUAACAACAGCAGCAGUAGUUACGUCGACUGUUGUCAACAUCGAAAACAGCAAGAACGUCGUGCAAGUUUGAGCCACCAGCAGGGCUGCGUCAGUUUCGCUUCGAUAUCGGGAUAUAUAAGAGGCUGCAGAACACAAAAAACUACUCCAUCUUUUGUAGCACUUUGACGGCAUUUUGUGUGUUCCCGGGUCACAAGGCAUACGUGAGAGAAAGACAACUGCUUUUUUGUUGCUUCAGACAUUCGUUGAGAACGAUCAGUUCGCGGCACGCAUUUCCUCAUAAGCUACGUGUUUGCGGAACAGGCGAGGAUUGAGAAGACUCUUGUCAUCUGUAGAUAGAAAUUCGCAGUUGAAUACGUCAUCUGCAAUAAUUCCAUCAACAUGAGGGCCUCUAGACGAGAUGUCACUUUCAGAGUCCAGGUGCCUGGCUUAGAAAAGAAUGAUGUGGUCUUUGUGGUAGGAAAUCUACCUGAAUUGGGCUCUUGGAACCAUAAUCAGGCAGUUCAGCUUGCAAAAGAGAGCAACGGACCCGACUCUCCAAUUCGAUUUGACAAUAACGGUACUUCGAGUGCAGCAGAUAACUAUGGGAAUUCUGAAGAUGGUGUCGAUGCUUUUGAAAAUAAUCGUUUCAGUGAUGAAAAAAAUAUUGAUGAAGGACAUAUAUUUUCACAAAAAGUUUCUUUACCUUGUGACGUUGAUGUGCAGUUUCGUUAUUUUAUAGCUGUUGUUUGUCAACCUAAUGGUACAAAAAAUUCACCCAGAACACUUAUUAUCAGAAAAUGGGAAACUCAUAUGCAUCCAAGACAAAUUAAAAAAAAUUCUCACAAUAAUUCAACUGAAAAUGAUAUACCUGAUCCACAUAAAUUUGGUUAUCACGAUGGCUACUGCAAAAUUGAAAGAGGUUGGCUGACAGAUGAAACAGUCAUUCAGUUCAAAUUGUUUAAUGAUCCUAUCAAGCUCUGGAAAAAUAGACUGCAAAAUAAAGAAAUGUGUAUAAAAAUGACGCCAGUAAAUUUGGUACGACAUAAUUCAUUUGAGUUGCAUCAAUCUGCAGAUCAUAUAGAUGAGAGUUUGUCUAUGGAUACAUUAGAUUAUGUAGAUGAACCAGCUUUCAGUAUUACAGAAGUUGCCGUGAUGAAUGAUGAAGAAGCACAUUUUAAAUAUCAAGAGCAAUUUGGCAGAAACUACAAAGAAAAUGAAUUUUUAAUUUUCAAUGCAGCAGUACGAUACCCAGAAACUGUCGCUUACUUGGUCGAUUAUUACGUGUACAGUCGUAAAAAUUUCCCGGAUGAACCACCCAGUCACAUUGGUUUCAGUUACGUUCUGCCCAGUGCACUGCUAGGCAGUGUAGGACAGUUAACAGUGCCCAUUACUAGUACAAAACACAGGCCAAUCGGGCAACUUACAAUUGAGUAUGUUAUCAUUAAACCAAUCCCUGAUUUUCCGUGGGAUAUGAGUAUUUCUUAUGCCAAGCACUGGGAGCAGAGAUGGUCAGGACUCGAUGUUGGACAUCGAGGACUUGGUAAUUCUUUCGAAAGCCAUAUGAAAAAUUGUGCAAAUGUCCGUGAAAAUACUAUUGCUUCUCUUAAAACUGCAUCUUAUCACGGAGCUGAUAUGGUGGAAUUUGACGUGCAACUGUCCAAGGAUCUGAUACCUGUUAUCUAUCACGAUUUUCACGUUUCCAUUUCUUUAAAGCGUAAAAAGCAAAUAGAGGCUAUGGAUAUGCUGGAAAUACCCGUAAAGGAUCUUACUUUGGAACAGCUACAUUUACUUAAGGAUUUUACUUAUCCGAAUGAUUCCUUGGGUAAGGUACUACAUUUCUUUGAUAAAGCUGAGCAGGUUGUUCUGUCGGUUUAUCACGUCAAAGAGGGCCGUGAAAAAACAGUCAAAUUUUUCGACGAGGAUUUGGACGAUCAUCAACCGUUCCCAACUCUCGAAGCUGCUCUUAAAGAAUUGGACCAACACGUUGGAUUUAACAUCGAAAUUAAAUGGACGAUGCAGUUGAAGGACGGUACUUUCGAGUUGAAUCAUCCCUUCGAUCUGAAUUUGUACUUGGAUAUCAUAAGCAAAACCGUGCUGGAACACGGUGGCGAUCGAAAAGUCGUCUUCUCGUCCUUCAAUCCGGACAUUUGCGCUAUGUUGCGUUUCAAGCAAAACAAAUACCCGGUCGUUUUUCUGACCCAAGGCGAAACUGCUAAGUAUCCGACCUAUCACGAUCCCAGAUGCCAAUCCAUCCCUAUGGCCAUGAGGCAUGCUUUGGCCAGCGACAUACUUGGCAUCAAUGUUCAUACCGAGGAUGUAUUGCGCGAUCCGAGCCUUGUUAAGAUGGUCAAAGACCAAGGCCUCAUUAUAUUUUGUUGGGGUGACGAUAACAACGACAAAGACACCAUACAACAUUUAAAGAAGCUUGGCAUGCACGCUGUGAUUUACGAUAAAAUCGACGAAUACAAUGCAAAAGAAGUAAAGGAAAGCAUCUUUCUGGUGGACGCGCGAGAAAAUCAAAAGGCAUUGAUAGCCCUGGCUCAGGGAUGCAAUCAAUCGAGCGGAGUCGCCAGCGGCGUGGCUGGAUCAAUUUCGUCCACCACGGCCAACUCGUUAAUCAGUAGUACAACGAGUGCAGGUGGUAGCGAGAGCGAUGACAGCACAGAGACCGGCUCCGCGAUGGAUCACCUGUGCAACAACUGUGAUAUUAGCCAGCAAGACAAGGAGAUCCGUGAUUUGACCAAGGACUUUAGUAUAUGCGCGGCCAAUUUGGGCCAUCAGCCGAAGACGAAGUCCUGCACGAAGUCAUGCUCCGCAUCUCUACCUGAUGUCGUUUGCACCUCUCCGACUGCUGAAGUAGCUAAGGAGAUGGUUUAAAUAGAAAUUAAGCUGACAUCUUUUAUCCCCUUUUUCCCUUCGUACACGGUGCGCUCUAUUAAUCAUGGAAUCUAUUGUAUUGUGCAACUUCUCUAUUUCUUUAUUUCCUUUUGAUUAUCCUUUUCUUGCUGGCCAAUUGUGCUUCUAAACAUUUUUUCUAAACACGUGUAAGACUCGAUCGGAGAAUCUUUUUUUACCAAUCGAUGUUAGUUAAAUAGUGCGACGGUGAGCGAUGAUAAAAAAUGAAAUGCUUUAAUGAGUUGUAACAGUGGUUCGUAUCAUUUUUUUUCACUUCAAGGAAAUGUUUCAAUGUUUAUUAUAUAAACUGAUAAGCGACAAGAGAAGACGAAAUUUCGUACUUUUUCAAAUGAUUACAUAUAAAUACCACUGGAUUUUUUUUCAUCGCUUACUGAUGCGUUGUCUAGAGUGAAAAUGACACAGAUAUAAAUUAGUAAAUUUAUAAAUGCAUAAACUAUAUUGUACUACAUUGUAUAACUAUUGAUUUUUUUGUCUAUUGUUUCUUAUUUUUUAAAAGAAACAGCGAAACCUCUAUAAUGAUGUAUUUAAAAAAAGUUACUCUUAUAUUAUGAUUAGUCUACUUUCAUGAAACGCCAAUUAUAAUAUAAACUUUUUUACACGCGGACGAUAGUGUUGAAAAGCUUGUUAAAUUACUUAAGGGCUUUAUAGUAAGUGAUAAAUGGCCAAUAUUAAUUUUUUUUUAAUCAGCCUUGUUAUAUGUAUUCACAAGUUUGAAAUUUGCAGAAAUAACGUCCAUAACAAAGUAUAAAAAUAUAAGUACAUUUGAGGUUUCGCCUGAUGAUGUCAAUUGACAUUCGUAUGUAUCAGUAAUGCAGUGAGCAAAUUGAGAGCUCUAGAAUAAAUUUGAACGAUUUUUCACAAAACAAAA